GACCUCUCUCUGCUUUCUGCCACGUUAGUAGCGGUAGACACAAACUAGCAAGCUACUAAUUCCAACUCCGAGCAACAACAGAAUUACCAGCAGCUUGAGCGGCUCCACUUUUUCCGUUAAAUUUUAGCCCACCGCUCUUUGUUUUGUGCUGAAGAACCCUCGAAGGCAAAAAUGCUCAAGUUUGUCAUCCUGUGCACGUUAGCUGUAGCCAGUCGGGCUGAAAUCGCCGAGGAAGACGACGUUCUGGUCCUGAAGCAGAGUAACUUCGAGGAGGCUCUCAAAGCGCACCCCGACAUCCUGGUGGAAUUCUAUGCCCCAUGGUGUGGUCACUGCAAGGCCCUGGCUCCAGAGUAUGCCAAGGCCGCUGGCAUGCUGAAGGUGGAAGGUUCAGACAUUCGCCUGGCUAAGGUUGACGCCACUGAAGAGACUGAACUGGCCCAAGAAUUUGGUGUCCGUGGAUACCCCACCAUAAAGUUCUUCAAGGGAGGAGACAAGGAAUCUCCCAAAGAGUACUCGGCUGGAAGGCAGGCCGAUGACUUUAUCAACUGGCUAAAGAAGCGCACAGGCCCUGCUGUUGCCAAAGUGGCUGAUGUCACUGCUGCACAGUCUUUGAUUGCUGACCAUGAGGUGGUGGUCAUUGGGUUCUUCAAGGAUGUGGAGUCAGCUGGGGCCAAGGCUUUUGAAAAAGCAGCUGAAGCAGUAGAAGACAUUCCAUUCGCCGUUACCUCAGACGAUGCAGUUUUCACGAAGUUUGAGGUCUCCCAAGACGGUGUUGUUCUCUUCAAGAAGUUUGAUGAGGGACGUAACACCUUUGAUGGCGACCUUACCAAAGAAACUAUUCUGUCUUUUGUCAAAGCCAACCAGCUGCCUCUCGUCAUCGAGUUCACCGAGCAGACUGCCCCUAAAAUCUUUGGAGGGGAGAUCAAGUCCCACAUUCUCAUGUUUCUGCCAAAAGCAGCCUCAGACUUCCAGGACAAAAUGGACCAGUUUAAGAAAGCUGCAGAGUCAUUUAAAGGGAAAAUCCUGUUCAUUUUCAUCGACAGUGAUGUGGAUGACAACCAGCGCAUCUUGGAGUUCUUUGGCCUGAAGAAAGAGGAGUGCCCUGCCAUCCGCCUCAUCACCCUGGAGGAUGAGAUGACCAAGUACAAGCCAGAGAGCGACGCCAUCAUUGCAGAGGGAAUCGUUGCGUUCUGCACACAAUUUAUAGAAGGCAAACUGAAGCCUCACCUGAUGAGCCAAGACGUCCCUGAAGACUGGGACAAAACCCCUGUCAAGGUUCUGGUUGGCAAGAACUUUGAGGAUGUCGCCUUUGAUCCCAAGAAGAACGUCUUUAUUGAAUUCUAUGCCCCUUGGUGUGGCCACUGCAAGCAGCUGAAUCCCAUCUGGGAAAAGCUGGGAGAGAAGUACAAGGACAGUCCUGACAUCAUUGUGGCCAAGAUGGAUUCCACAGCAAAUGAGAUUGAGGCUGUCAAAGUCCACAGCUUCCCCACUCUUAAAUUCUUCCCUGCGGGAGAAGAACGAAAGGUGAUCGACUACAAUGGGGAGAGAACAUUGGAAGGCCUCACCAAGUUCCUUGAGAGCGGCGGUAAGGAGGGAGGUGCCCCUGCCGGAGAUGAAGACGACGAUGAGGACUUUGAUGCUGAGGAUUUGGAUGAUGUGGAUGAAGGUCAGGAAGAGGACUCUGAUGGCGAGGAUGAUGAACAUGACGAGCUGUAAAGAGCUGGCAGAAAAGAGAGUCCCGCUCCGCCCCCCCCCCCCCCUCCCCUACCCCCCCUACCAGUCACCUACACUACCUUCACUCUUUAUAUAGAUCCCGUCCCGCUACUGAGACCAUUACCCUUGUCUAGCCGCCUCUCAGUCCAACAGCUGGCCCACUGGUUGGCCAGUCAGUAUUUCAGUAAAUGCGUCGCUCCCCAACAUGAUGGGUUGUGUUCUAUUUGGGGGAGGGGCAGGCAAACGGAACAGCACGCCACCUCCAUGAAGGUGCUGAUUCUGCUGCCAAGCUCCAUGAUAACUCUUGGCCUAUCUUUUUAAACAACUGCAUCGUGAUCCUCUUCACAAAAUGUUUAUUUUUGCUCCUCCAAAAAGAGUACGCCUUAGCAUUCAUCAGGAAGUCUGUACACUCAUGGAGUUUGGUGUAAGGGUGAUAGAUUUUGUAACUGUUCUCUCAGGGGACGAACGGCCUACCUGUUAAUUUUCCACUUAAAUGAUCCCUCACAGUGUAGCAAAAAGCCCCUUCCCCUCACAUGUAGCCAAGAUGAAUAUCUGAACAACCUGCCUUCUGUGUGCAAGUGGUGGUGGAGUAUACUUUCUUUCAGCCUUGUCAUCCCCAAACAAUUGACUCCUCACAUUCUAUGGGGCCUACUGACCAUUUUCCAAAACAACAAAUGCUAAGAUUUUUGGCGGGGCGAAACAUGUUUUAUUUAAUUUCUUUAACCGAGCAUUUUUAUUUGUUUUUAAUGUAGGACUUUUUUUUUUUUUUUUUUUUUUUUUUUAAUAAAUAUAAAUGUUUUGACCAUUGUGCCCAGUUGUAGCCAGUUGGCCUUGUUUGGGCAGAGUUGGCACUUGGACACACCCUCAGGCCAUGGAUGUUUUGGUUUUCUUUUUUCUUAUGGGUGCCAGUUCUGAAAAGUCGCACUGUGUUCAUGCCUUUUUCGAGAUUCUUUGUGGUUACUAAAGCAGCCAGAUGUACGAUGUUUCAAGUCUGGUCUGAGACAAGUGUUUGUUAAUCUGAUACAGGGGGACACCGUUGCCCAGCACCACCCCUCACUCAUACUGUACCCGCUGUAUCACCAUUCACUCGAUUUGCGCAAUACUUUUCACUGUUUUGUGUGCUUGGGUGGGGCAGGGGGGUGUUUGAGGGCUAAGAAUGGCUACUUUUCCUAGUCAAGUGUGUGUCCUGUAAUAGGUGGUGGCAUGGGUAGGGUGAGGUGAUACAAUUGACAUCUGUACAAUGGUGAGAUACUUAAAGCAUUCCAUCAUAUCCAGAUUGAUGUGGAAAAUGUGAAAUGGUGGCCAAUUAAAAAAAUAAAAAUCUAAAAACCCUC